UCGGCGCGGCAGCUCAUUAGCUCCACACUUCACACUCCCCUGCUGGCUGCUGCACUGCCCCUCGCCCAGCCAGUGCAACGCGAGCGAGCAGAGGGGAUGAGCUUCUGGUUCUACAAGCUGCGGCGCAAGAGGGCGGGCGGCGGGGCGAUCGCGCCGCCGUCGGGGUUCGCCGACAGGCCGGCGGUGGCGCCGGCGCCGAGCCCCUGCUCCCCGUCCCCGAACAGAGCGUCCUACUACGUCCCGAGCCGGGACCGCGCCCUCCCGCAGCCGCAGCGGGAGGACAACCCCAAGCUCCGGGACACCCAAUUCCCGCGCAGCCCGCAGCCGAGCGACAUCGCCUUCGACGUCGUCGCCCGCCGCGACGACCGCUGCUUCAAGCCCAUGCCGGAGCUCAAGCUGCGGCCCAUCCUUACCAAGCCGGCUGCCAGGCCCCACGCCGGCACGGCCUCCGACAGCAGCAGCGCAGCCGCGUCGCCCACGGCCAGGGUGCGCCUACGCUUCCACGCGAGGCCGCCGCCGCCGAGCCGCAGGCGGAAGGUGGAGGAGGACGAGGAGGCCUGCAGGCAAAAGAGUCGUCCUCAGCGGCGGCGGCGGCGCGCCUCCAGGCUCCGGUCGUGGAUGUACGAGAGCCUGGUGGUGGCGAAGGAGUCGGCGGACCCCGAGGAGGACUUCCUGGAGAGCAUGGUGGAGAUGAUCGCGGCCAACGGCGUGAGGUCGCCGCGGGGACUGGAGGAGCUGCUCGCGUGCUACCUCGCGCUCAACGCGCCCGACCACCACCGCGCCAUCGUCGCCGCGUUCCGGCGCGCCUGGGUGCAUGUGCACCUGCACUGCGUGCCGCCGGCGGCGAGGGGACGCUGCAUGCACGAAUUACGAUUGGAUUAUUAGCUAGCUAGUUUGCUUCACCGAUCGCUGAGCGCAAACGCAAAGAUUGCGGCGUGCGUGCCUGCUGUGAAUAGUGUGGAUGAUCCGGGGCGCGCUCGCGCGUUCAUGUGAAAAUUUGUGGUGUGCUAGGGUGGAGCGGUUAUGAUCGAUCAGGGUUCUUGCGCAGAUCAGAACGCAUGCCGAUUUGUUUUUACUGCGUGGAAAUGUCACACUCACACUUGUUUGGUCGUUGAUGUUGCUGCUGAAAAGCUGAAGAAUCGAUCGAUUGUGUGCCGCCUUUACAGAU